AACCAGGCUAGGGUAGACCCAACUAUUUUAGUAUGCGAUAAGCCGCUGAUCAUGGUAACCCAGCUCUAAACAUAUCGCUUAACGUUUCUCUACUUUUUGUGGCAGAACGUUGCGCAAUGUUGUGAGUGAGAUGUAAAUUUAUUUAUUUAUAAACAGUAACUCGAGCAUUAACGUUAUGCAACAGUGAAGUAAUAUUACGAGAGACUGCGUGUGGGCUUAGAAAUUAUCUACUGUAAAUUUAAGUUCGAAUUUUCCUAAUGAGUUGGUUUAGUUAUCAAGUUUAAAUAUGACGAGAUCUUCAAAAGACAAUUCAGUAAUCAACACUACUUUUGCUGUAAUUGGAGGAGGUAUUGCUGGCGUUUCUUGUGCUGAGCAGUUGGCUAUUGAGGAACCAUCUGCUAAUAUAGUUUUGAUUUCUGCAUCUCCACUUGUAAAAGCAGUUAAAAAUGUAAAUAAGAUAUCUGAGAGAUUGACUGAAUUUGAUGUUGAAGAAGAGUCGUAUUCUUGUCUCGAAAAUCGCCAUUCAAAUUGUCAAGUGAUUAUAGCAGAAGCCACAGGAAUCAAUUCAUCUAAACAUGAAAUUUUGCUGUCCAAUAAGCAAAGUGUCUUUUAUCAUAAGCUAUGUAUUUGUGCUGGAGCUGUGCCUAAGGUGAUUACCAAAGAUUUCCCUUACGUAAUAGGAAUCAGAGAUACGGAAACAAUAGAAAUUUUUCAACAAAAAUUGUCAAAUGCAAGACGUGUGCUUAUUGUUGGCAAUGGAGGAAUAGCAACUGAGCUUGUAUAUGAGAUUGAAAAUUGUGAAAUAAUUUGGGCAAUUAAAGAUAGGUCAGUUGGAGCAACAUUUUUUGAUGCAGGUGCAGCUCAGUUUUUCCUUCCAUGUUUAAAUGAAAUCAAACAGCAAGAAUCACCAGUAUGUAAAAGAAUAAAGUAUAGUGUAGAUGGUCCACCACAAGGAAGUCUCUGCAUGGGAAGUUCUUUAGGGCCUGACUGGUCAAUGUAUGUCAACACAAAAGGAAAAACAAAAGAAGCUCGCAAUGUACACGUUGAAUAUGAAUGUGAACUUAAAGCUAUGUAUGAAAGGCAAGAUUUCUUAAAUAAGGGAUUAAAAGUGAACGUAUUGGACACUGACGAAAAUAAGUGGCCUGUUUUUGUAGAACUGACUAAUGGAUCUAUAUUUGGAUGUGAUUUCAUUGUUAGUGCUACUGGCGUCAUGCCCAAUGUAUCAGGCUGGCUGCAGAAUAAUGAAGUUAGUUUGCAUUAAUAUAUACAGAUGUGUAAUUU